CCGGGCUGGGCUGGACAGGCAGGGCCUUCAACGAGCAGACUCCUUAAACCUUUGCUGCCUGAGGCGGCCCUGGAGGGCCCGACCCGGGCCUGGGCCCGCUGCCCUGCCUGGUCACACUGCAAGGCCGUCGUUGGCCAGCAGGGGAGUCAGAUCGCUGUGGGCCGUCGUCCCUGCCCCGUGAGAUUCACACUCUGCACACCUCCCCUGGCCUGUCAGGGCCACUCGUGUUGGCUCGCUCCUCUCUCCUGGGCCCCAGGCCACUGCGCACCCUCCCCCCACGGUUAAACAUUAGUGCGAGGUUAUUAGUCCGGGGUCCUCGGGAGGGAGAGGGUGGAAUUUCACUUUGACCUGCGCUUCCUCUGCUGGAGUCACCAGCUCCCGCCCCGCCUGACAAUGCCAGUGGAGGAAUUUGUGGCCGGCUGGAUCUCCGGAGCUGUGGGCUUGGUCCUGGGACACCCCUUUGACACUGUAAAGGUGCGGCUGCAGACCCAGACCACAUACCACGGCAUCGUCGAUUGUAUGGUCAAGACUUACCGCCAUGAGUCGCUCCUGGGCUUCUUCAAGGGAAUGAGCUUCCCCAUCGUGAGCAUUGCUGUGGUCAACUCCGUCCUGUUCGGGGUCUACAGCAACACCCUGCUGGCACUCACAGCAACCUCCCACCAGCAGCGGCGGGCCCAGCCGCCUAGCUACAUGCACAUCUUUGUAGCCGGCUGCACCUCGGGAUUCCUGCAGGCCUACUGCCUGGCCCCUUUUGACCUCAUCAAAGUCCGGCUACAAAACCAGACAGAGCCGAGGGCGAAGCCAGGGAGCCCCCAACCCCGGUACCGGGGGCCCGUGCACUGUGCGGCCUCCAUCUUCCAGGCGGAGGGGCCCCGGGGGCUGUUCCGAGGAGCGUGGGCCCUGACGCUGAGGGACACCCCCACAGUGGGAAUCUAUUUUAUCACCUACGAAUGUCUCUGUCGCCAGUCCACGCCGGAGGGCCAGAAUCCCAGCUCGGCCACGGUGCUGGUGGCAGGAGGCUUUGCCGGCAUCACCUCCUGGGUCGCAGCCACGCCCUUAGACGUGAUCAAGGCCCGGAUGCAGAUGGCCGGGCUGAAGCAGAGGGCGUACCAGGGGGUGCUGGACUGCAUAGUAAGCAGCGCCCGGCAGGAGGGACUGGGGGUCUUCUUCAGGGGGCUCACCAUCAACAGUGCCCGCGCCUUUCCCGUCAACGCCGUCACCUUCCUCAGCUACGAGUACCUCCUCCGCUUGUGGGGAUGAGCCUGGCCACGCAGUGCCGGCAGCUCCCCAGCGGAUCACGGCCCAACCGCCCAGACCGAAGGCCAAGUUGAACGUGCCAGCUUGCGAUUCCGAUUCCAAUGGAAGAAGCUCAGCCCUCCCUUAUCAAGGCGCCUCCCAGCUUCACAGACACAGCCGGGGCUGGGGAGACGGCAGUGGGGAGCAGGAGGCCCGGGGUCUGGACUCGGCGGGCAGCACUUGCCUCGAUUCCUUUCCUUCUCGAGUCUGUGAAGUGAACUCACUAGCCGGUGGUGCUGGUGACAUUCAGGCCCCCAUCCUGUGACUUCACCCCUUGACGAGCUCUCAGAGCCUCUGCUGGGCAGCCUCAGCGCUAACCAGCCCCCUGGAUUCCAGUGACCCUGUCCUCGUGGGCCUCCCACCUCACCUCCUUCCAGCCCUCUCUCCUCAUGACCGGAGAGCAGCCUUUACGUCUCCUGCCUGUCCAGGACCCUUCAGUGGCUCCCGUCACCUUCAGGAAAAAGCCUAAACUCUCCCUUGGCGGCUUCAGCAGCUCAGCUCUGCUUGUAGAGAACAAGCUGUGCUCUCUCAUCGCCCUUGGCCUCCCUCCUGGCCAACAGUGGCCGCAGGGCGACUCUGUCGUCCCUCUGGUGGAGCCUGCUCCCAGACCCGGGGUGGACACUGUUUCCUGGGGUCCUUCCUCAGCUCGCCUGCUGUCUGCCCUGGACUGACUGUGGGGUCUGCAGACCCCCGCCUGCCCACACGCCUUGAUCGUAGCCCUCGCCUGUGCUUAAUCAUGGUUGUUGAUUUGCUCCUCAGCUUCCCCACUAGACAGGGGGCUCCCUGAGGUCAGGGGUCAUACUUCUGAUCCUUUCCCAGCAUGGAGCCCAGUGCUGGAAGCUGCCCAGGAAAUGCUUGUUAGAUGAAGUGCCGAUUGCAGUCCUGACCUCUCUCCCCCUGCUCCAGCCGCCCCACCUGCUUCCUCGGUCCUGCUCCUCCUCCGCUGAGAGGCUCUCCUGCCCAGCCUGUCUUGGGGUCGUCUGCAGUGGACUGGUGCCAGGAGUCGAGGGUGUCUGCCUGGCCCACUCCCAUCCGAUGGCACUUGUUUUCUUCAUCCAUCUCAACUGCUAAGUGGGAAUUAAAAACUGGCUAAGAGGGUUCAUUUAACUGACAAUAAAGUGAGCAGAGUGUGUACCCACUAAUGUCCUGAUCUGGUCUGAGAUCAACCUGGGCCCACUCCAUGGGACCCGAACGCCUGGAAUUUACUGGGGCUCCCUAUGAAACCAGCACAGCGCUGUUACAACAGAGGAGGUGGCCUUGGCUCAGAGACAGUGUGUAACUCAUCCCAGGUCACAUGGCUGGUAUGUUGCACAACUUACCUGGAUGCAUCGGAGCCUCUGACUCCAGAGCCCGGUUACUCCGCUAUCCUGCUCUCCCCGGGCUUGUGACAGUCUCCCACGAGUCACCUAAGUUCAAA